ACAGCAGCAACAACCGCGUGGCAAUUUUUAACCCUUUAAUCCACAGUUAUGCAUCAGGAGGUUGAGUGACGUCCACAUGUAGGCGUUGUGCUCAGCUUGGGCCGCGCUGGGGAGCAUAGCAGACCUCAUGGUUUUAGAGUCUCAUAGCAACCACCAAUCAGAACAUAGCAACCAAUCAGAAGGACUGGGAAUGAGUAUCUCCAUCCUAGGACCCACAUUUCAAGAUCUGGCAACAAAUGUGAACCGAAACAUCAGCAGUCUUUCUCUAAUUUUUGUGGGCCGUGCCUUUGGAUAUUUGAGUGGCUCUGUGAUUGGUGGAAUACUUUUUGACAUUAUGAAUAACUUUCUGCUUUUGGGGGUGUCGACAUUGGCUACCACAGUAGGUCUUUACCUUGUUCCGUUUUGCAAGACAGCUGUAUUACUGAUCGUCAUGAUGUCUGUCUUUGGUGUUUCAGCUGGCAUUUUGGAUACAGGUGGUAAUGUGCUUAUCUUGGCUCUCUGGGGAGACAAAGGAGCCCCCCAUAUGCAAGCCUUACACUUCAGUUUUGCCUUGGGUGCCUUUUUGGCUCCCCUGCUCGCUAAAUUGGCCCUGGGUACGACAGAGCCUGCUGGGAACCACACGGAGCCUGACCCUCUCCACCCCGCCCUCAACCAGUCAGCUGAGGCAGACUCGGGACCUGUGUUUGGAGCCCCUGAGGACAUGAAUUUACUGUGGGCUUAUGCUGUCAUCGGGACUUACGUUUUCAUAGUGUCUUCCUUUCUGUUUGUGCUGUUUUUCAAGAAAAGCUCAAGAGGGCCCAAAGCAAAAAUGUCUGCUCAGACCUUUCGAAGGGCGAAAUACCACCGCGCCCUUCUCUGCCUCCUUUUUCUGUUCUUCUUUUUUUAUGUUGGCGCCGAGGUCACCUAUGGCUCUUACGUGUUCUCGUUUGCCACCACCCAUGUGGGCAUGGAAGAGAGCGAGGCGGCCGGGCUGAACUCCAUCUUCUGGGCCACGUUCGCAGCCUGCAGGGGCCUGGCCAUCCUUUUUGCGACAUGUUUACAGCCCGGCACCAUGAUUGUGUUGAGCAACGUUGGCAGCCUGGCGUCGUCUUUCUUCCUGGUGCUUUUUGACAAGAGCCCGGUUUGCCUCUGGGUUGCCACCUCGGUGUAUGGGGCAUCGAUGGCAACCACGUUUCCCAGUGGCGUGUCCUGGAUCGAGCAGUACACGACCAUCCAUGGGAAAUCAGCAGCCUUCUUUGUAGUUGGUGGUACCUUGGGAGAAAUGGCUAUUCCUGCGUUAAUUGGAAUUCUUCAAGGAAAAUACCCUGAUUUGCCCGUCAUUCUGUAUACGUGUUUGGGGUCAGCAGUAUUCACUGCUAUUUUGUUUCCUGUGAUGUAUAAAUUAGCCACCUGGCCUCUUGCUCACCAGCACAAAGCAAACAGAAAGAGCGAGGACCAGAGAGCUUUGCUGUCUAACCCUAGUAUAAAUGAUUAUGAAGAAGAGGACGAAGACGAAGAUGCAGAAGAGUGGAAUGAGAUGGAUUUUGAAGUGGUUGAAAUGCAGGAUCCAUUGAGGCCCUCUGUGACGGCCAUCUAGCAGUUCUCUGAUGGAGCCCACCUUGGAAGUGUCUGACCAGCGUCUGGCUAAUGCUGUGGUGUAGGAGUGCUCUCUGCUCCAGACUGGCAGUUCCUUUGUGGAGUUCUCGCCAGGGACCAGAGCAGAGGGGACCAGCACUGAGAGGAGAGGGCUCCUUUAUUGGCUCCCUUGGUGAUCACUGCUUGAAGGGGCCAGGCAGAGCCGAGCAUCGCAGUUGUCAGCCUGCUUUGGGCAGCAACCGCUCUAGGUCUCUUCAUAGCAAACGCCAGCAAGUGUUGAAAUGUUCGCUGCUCCCAGAUUCUUCCCUAAGUAGCCCAGGGGUCUCCCACAGCAGGAGCUGUAUGAGGCUAGUGUUUGGCAUGUGACCGACUAGGUCCUGUUUUCUGGUCUUCACCCCUUUAGAGCAUGCAAAGAAGUCACUUGUUUUUGAGAAGCUGGGUAAUGUUCUGGUGGGACAAAAUCCUUAGAAGUGGAGUUGAUUCGCUGAACAAAUUAGCAGGCAUCAAAAUAGUGCCAGGGAAGUUGGGGAAAGUAAAUGGACAGUUUUAUUACUUACUUACUUUGCCUUAUCUAGGCUGAGUCAAAGAAUGCUAAUGACUCUUGUGUGUUUUGAUUUCCAAGAACAGAACACAGCACAGGGCUUUCAGUUCAUCUCUUGGACUUUGUGAUUCUAGAAAUGAAAAGAAUGAUUUUCACAUUAGGAAUCCAUCAAUUUUAACAUUUAUGUAAGGUGUCUUCUAAUAAUUAGGACGAGGCUACUUCAAAACUUUGGAAGUGGAAUUACAAGAGUCAUAUAUUUUGAUGCAAAAACUUUUGAAGCUCAUGCAUAGCAUUUUCAUAACACUGUUUCCAUGAGCUCUGUGAAGACCUCUCAUAUAAGUACCUGAUGUUCUUCAUUUCAAAUGAGAACUGAAACAAAAUUAUAAAUAGCUUUAAGAAAGUAGUACUGAUUAUGAAUACUUGUCAAAGUAAUAUACUUAAUGUUUAAUACUUUAUUUGGUUAUUUGAAGAAUAUUUUUCUUAGUACUGCAUUUCAUCGAUUCCAGACACAUUUUUCUGUACUUACCAUCUCUGCAAUCAAGAUAUAUCUUCCCAUCAGUGGUCAUUUAACAUUGACAGUGUUUAUCUCACAGUCCUUUUCAUGUACCUGUAUAAUAUAGAGUUGCAUUUUGUAUUUGGUGUCUUAGAUUCAGUGAGAUCUAGUACUUCAUUCAGUUAUGGAGAUGACACUAUUUUUACAGACAUUUUUAAAAGAAAAGGCGUUUUUCUAGGCUAAUUUUCUAGUUCAUAUGGGACUUGGAGAAACUAUUGUGAGUCUAACCCAGGAUUCAGAGCUACCCCAUCAGGAGUAGGCUGUGGAUGGGUGUUUUGAGGUCCUUUGCUUACCUCAGUAACAGGGGCUGAUGUAGGCCUUGCUUUUGUGAGAUGUAGCCCACAUGGCUUUGGUUGGUGAUCGCAUGGUGAGCACAGGGUCCUGUGCGAGGAGCAGUCUUUUCCAGAGACUGGAGUACUUGUGUUGCUCACCCAGGGCCCAUGCUUCCUGAGUUUGAAAUAGCUGGAAAGCCAAAGUGAAAACUGGCGGAGGGCUGGUGGCCUGGGAGUCAGGGACGAGAAGGGCCCUGCCCAGGAGUGUGGCGGAACUGCUGUGGCUGCCCUUUGACAAAGCGUAGAACCAAUGACAGGUUCUGUGUACGUCUCCCCACAUCUUAUGCUGAGUGACCUCACAAAUCUGCCUUGCACUGUUGCUUUCUCUUACGUGUGGUCUAGAAAUUUGCAUUUGUCCUGUCUUGUGUGCAGUACAACACCUUUCAUCACCAUUUGCUGCCUGCCCAUCUGCUUGCAUCUGUUUUGGUUCAUGUUCAUCACCAACGACUUUGGGGAGGGCUGGUGGAGACACCGACACCCCCAGGCUCUGCUGUUUCUGUUCCGUGCUCUUCCCUCUGUCUGACCCGGCAGUGACCGCUCAGUCCCAGGCCGUUUCUCAGGCUGGGGGGUUAGGCGGUAGCAGUUGUUCGGCAGCGGAGGGCUCAGAUGGGACUGGGCAUGCAGCGCCUACUUCUAGAGGCUGGAUGCGGGGCUCAAGGAAGGGGGUGGGUAAUGGGAGCCUGGCAGACGGUUUGGAAUGCCUCGUUAGAAAGUCCGCGAGGGUUCCUCAACCCCAUGUGAGCACGCCAGAUGAGAUCGAAGGCUUGUUUACAGUGUGAUCAUGUAGCUCCAUAUUGGAAGAAAACAAAAUUCAGUAUUCCCUGGACCGGCAUUCAUCCUAGCCAUGAAUUCUUAGCGGUCUGCUGCUACACUGGAAUCGGUGCCCGGUUUUCUGUUGCUGAGUAACCCGUCAGCAGACAUGUCGCAGCUGAAAUCCGAAGAUGUGUCUUAUCGCUCGAUUCGUGAGGGUUGGGAAUCUGGGAGCUGUCUGCGUCCUCAGCUCAUGGUCUCCAGGCCUGCAGUCACUUCCGGCAGUGCUGCCUUCUCUGGAGCUGAGGCUCCUCUUCCAGGGCUGUGUGUGUACGUUUCUAUACUAUGUACAACAUGAAGCCACGGAUAUUGUGUGUUUGAUGUUCUGCCAUAAUGCGGCAGUGAGAAGCUGUGGCGGUGAUAAGGAAGGGAUACAGAAAGUGUCCGGGCCGGCGCCGCGGCUCACUAGGCUAAUCCUCCACCUUAUGGUGCCAGCACACCGGGUACUAGUCCCGGUCGGGGCGCCGGAUUCUGUCCUGGUUGCCCCUCUUCCAAGCCAGCUCUCUGCUGUGGCCAGGGAGUGCAGUGGAGGAUGGCUCAGGUGCUUGGGCCCUGCACCCCAUGGGAGACCAGGAUAAGUACCUGGCUCCUGCCAUCGGAUCAGUUCGGUAUGCUGGCCGCGGCAGCCAUUGGAGGGUGAACCAACGGCAAAAAAAAGGAAGACCUUUCUCUCUGUCUCUCUCUCUCACUGUCCACUCUGCCUGUCAAAAAAAAAAAAAAAAAAAAAAAAAAAAGUCUGGAUACAAGUGCAGGUGUUUCAAAAUCUUUUUUUUCUUUUUCUUCAGUGAUGGCCACUUUGCCUAAUGGUUAAUCUGCUAGUUGGGAUAGCUGCCUCUUAGAUCAUCAUGCUUGGGUUAGAGUUCCAUUUCCUUCUGCUGAUUUCAGCUUCCUGCUAAGGUGCACCCUGGGAGGCAUCAGGUAAUGGCUCAAGUAAUUGUGUCCUGGCUACUCAUAGGGGAGAAUGGAUUGAAUUCCCAGCUCCUUCCUUUGACCUGGUACAGCCCCAGCUCUCCUGGGAAUUUGAGGAGUAAACCUACCAACAGAGCUGCCUCUGACAGCCAGUCUCUGUCUCUCAAAUAAAAAUACAUAAAUAAAAGGAUUUCUUUUUUAAUUGACAAUUUUAUGGAGACUAUAUACUUACAGUCAGUUGUACGUACUAUUUUUAAAAAUUCUGAGUUGCUCAGUCUACAAGACUUUGUAAUCUGUUACAUGUUAGACUUAGCUGUUAAAAUGCAGAUUCUAGUGUAGCAGGGCUGUGGGUGGGACUGAAGCCACCAUUUAUUUCUUUUUUAAAGAUUUGUUUAUUUGUAAGGCAGAAUGACAGGGAGAGACAAAGAAAUCUUCUGUCUGCUGGUUCACUUCCCAGGUGGCUGCAGUGGUCGGGGCUGAGCUAGGCUGAAGCCAGCAGUUAGGAACUUCCUCCGGGACAUCUAUGUGGGUGGCGGGGCCUACUUGCUUGGGUGAUCUUGCUCUGCUUUCCUUGGCACAUUAGCAGGAGCUGGUUCAGAAGCAGAGCAGGCAGGAUUCGAAACCAUUGCUUUGCUAUGGAUGCUGGCAUUGUAAGUAGAGGCUUAAGCAUCUUUGCCAUAAUGCUGGCCUCAUGAAAGCCACAAUUUUUAACAGGCUGCUAGAAGUUGCAUUUUCAUGGCCCAUGGGCCACACUUAGGGUAGCAAUGUCCAGGUUUUGGGGAGUGUUGAAUUUUUUGCUACUAUGGAAGUCUUAGCUUUUCUAUUUCUGAUCCUAGCUCUUUGGUAGUCUACAAUCCCUGUGGAUCCUUUCUUUUCUCUGUGGUGUGUACAUACAUGCAACACAAAUUAUGUGCCCUAUGUAUCCAGGGAACAGGUCUCUAAGACAGUUCUCUUCAGUUGUCUUGAUUUGCCAUCCUGGCUCUUGAGCUGCAUGGUGUGCAGGACCCCCUGAUUGGCAGUCUGUGGGAGGAGCUGGACGUGCACUGGUUAAGAGCUCAGAGGGUUCCUGUCCUCAUGGGCUUCCCCUCUACUGUGGGGCUGUGCAGUACAACUUGCUGAGAUGAUGGAAGAGUUACCGGUCUGCACUGCCCAGGAAAACCACUGGCCACAUCUGUCGAGUUUAGACCUUCAAGCUUGGCUAGAAUGACAGUGAAUUGAUUUUCAAUUCAAAUGUCAACUUAAAUAUGCACGGGAGUAGCAAUGCUAUAUUGGAUAGAAGAGGCCUCGUGGGAAAAACAAGACAUCAGACAAUCGCACAAGGUGUUUCCAGGAAGGAUUUGUUUCCUAGUGUGCUAGAAAGCAACAAGGACCUGGGGCAGGGAAGGUUUUAUAGAAACCUUAUCAAGUGCAUGAUAUCAAAUGCAUGUCACAUCCCUUAAGAAAGGCCUGGUAUGAAGCACUUGGGACAGUAGACGGGGUGCUUAGUGCUUAGAAAAGAAGUCUUUGGCUUCCCUUGUGUGUAAAGGGAGCACAGUGAGGCUGGUGACCUUGGCUGUCAGAAGGAAGAAAGGGAUAAGAUGCAGAAUAGAUCAAAUUCCUUGUUUUUUCUACUUUUUUUUUAUUACUAUUUUUUGACAGGCAGAGUGGACAGUGAGAGAGAGAGAGAGGCAGAGAGAAAGGUCUUCCUUUGCCGUUGGUUCACCCUCCAAUGGCCGCCGUGGCCGGCGUAUCACGCUGAUCUGAAGGCAGGAGCCAGGUGCCUCUCCUGGUCUCCCAUGGGGUGCAGGGCCCAAGUACUUGGGCCAUCCUCCACUGCACUCCCUGGCCACAGCAGAGAGCUGGCCUGGAAGAGGGGCAACCGGGACAGAAUCCGGCGCCCCGACCGGGACUAGAACCCGGUGUGCCAGUGCCGCAAGGCGGAGGAUUAGCCUAGUGAGCUGCGGCGCUGGCCCCAAAUUCCUUCUUAAAUACACUUCGACCAGUCAGCAUUUGAGUCAUAUUUUUAUUUAGUUGUGAAACCUUUAUUCUUAGUGAUUAAAAAUUUAAAUGUUGAAUUUUUACAGUUAAAAUUUUUUUCUUAAGUUUUCAGCAUUCGUAUGGUGGUUGCUGUCGUGAUGUCUUUUCUUGUCAUCUAUUUAUGCCUUGUUUUCAUUCUUUCAGAGAUUAGUGCUGCUAUUUGAGUAUUUUGUUUUUCUAGAUAUUUUUGUGUGAAAGGCAGAGUGACAGAGAAGGGAGAGCUUCCAUCUAUUGACUCAGUGCCCUAUUUAGUCACAAUAGCAGGGGCUGAGCCAGGUUGCAGCCCGGAGCCUGGAACUCCUUCCAGGUUUCCCUUGUGGGGACCCAGGUACCUGAGCCAUCUUCUGUUGCACAUUAGCAGGGAGCUGGAUCAGAAGUGAAGCUGCCAGGAUUCAAAUUGGCACUCAUACGGGAUGCCGGUGUUGCAGGCAACAACUGAACUCACUGUGCCACAAGGCUGGCCCCAUGUCCUUUGGCUAUUAAUUUUUCUGUGUUGUAUCUGUGCCUUCCUUUUGCAUGAGAUUUUUUACUUGCUGAAUGCAUUUAACAUCUGGCCUGUACAUUUAUUUCAGCCUGCCUUUGAUGCUUCUGGGUUUGAGUUAGUUUGUAGAUGGCCUGGCGAAAUGUUUCAAAGUCAGCGAGUGGCUUCCAUGGGAUGGACUUUUCAAGCUUCUGAAUAGCUCUUUGAGAUUAUGCAAUGCUUUGUUAAGAAUUAUUUAUAUAUACAUAUGUGUAUUUUUAGUCAUAGUAAUAGACAUGCCAUAAAAUUGGCUGUUUUAAUCAUUUCUAAGCUCAGUGGCAUUGAGGACAUUCACAUUGUCGGGCCACCCUCACUACCAUCUAUCCACAGAUCUCUUCAUCUCACACAACUGAAACUCAGUGCCUGUGAAGCAGGAGCUGCCCAUUGCACAACCCAUCAGGCCCUGGCAACCACUAAGCUACAUUCUCUGUGCAGGAAUUUGACUGCUUCAGGUACCUCAUAUAAAUGGAAUCAUACCAGAAUUGCCCUUUUUCUUUUUUUAAAAAAUUAUUUAUUUGAUAGGCAGAGUAAGAGAAAGGGAGAGGGGCAGGAGAGAGAGAGCUUUCAUCUACUGGUUAUUUCUCCAGUGGCUGCAAUGGCUGAGGCUGGUCCAGGUCAAAGCCAGGAAACUAGAACUUCAUCAAGGUCUCCUGUGUGGGUGCAGGGGCCAUCUUCCACUGCUUUCUCAAGCACAUUAGCAGGUGGUAGAUAGGAAGUAGAGCAGCCAGGACUCGAGCUGGGACUCUGAGAUUGGAUGCUGGCAUUUCAAGUGGCGGCUUAACCUCCUGUGCCACAAAGCCAGACACUGUCCUUUUCUGCCUAGCUUCUUUGACUUAACAUAAUGUCUGCAAAGUUCAUUGGUGUGGUGGCAUAGGUGGGAAUGCCUUCCAGAGACCCUGCAUCCAGUUCUUUUGUGAUACAUACCUGUGACCGGAAUUCCUAGGUCAUGCGGUAAUUCUGUCUUUAACCUGUGUGUGUGUGUGUGUGUCUGGGUGCGCGUGCGCAUGUGUGUGUUAAUUUUUAAAGGUUUUAAUAGGUUUCAGUAUAGUUCACAGAUAAAAUUCUAAGAAUAUAAUGAUACUUCCUCUCUCCUUCUCUCUUUUUCCCCUUCUUACCUUCACUUUUGAGAUAAUCUCUCUUUAUUUUACAUUAUGGUCAAGGGCUUAGUGCUCUAUUAAAUAAAAAAAAAAGAUUUAUUUAUUUGAAAGGCAGAGUGACAGAGAAAGAGGCCUCUGUCUGCAGGUUCCCCACAUGGCCACGAAAGCUGGGGCUGGGCCAGGCCAAAGCCGAGAACCAGAAUCUCCAUCCUGGUCUGCCACAUGGGUGGCAGUGGCUCAGGUAUUUGUGCCACCACCUGCUGCCUUCCUAGGCAUGUUAGCAGGGAGCUGGAUCAGAAAGGGAGCAGUCGGGGUUCCAGCUGGCACUCCCGUAUGAGAUGCUGUCAGGCAUCCAAACAGCUUAAUCCUCUCAAACAAAGAUUAUGUCAGGCUUUACCUUAGACUUCUGUGAUCUCAACUUCCAAUCUGUGAUCAGUUCUUGGGCAAGUUAUUGGCAGCUUCCCAUGAACUAGGCUCAGUAGACGAAGUACUAAUGAACUUACUCUCCUGUCCUUGGUUCCUGUGUCUGCUGUUGCCAGGGCAGGGCUGGGCCCGGCACAGACAGCAGAGAGAUGCCUGAGUGUGUGCCGAUGGUCAGGCCCUGGAACUGGAGGCCUGACUCAUCCUUUCAAUCACUGGAAAUCACAUCACAUAACAGACUUUUCAGCAAGAGCCUACCACACAGGGCUGGGGGGAAGAAAAGCUCCAUCCUAAUGGGGUAGCAUUUCUACCUGAAUGACCUAGAAGAGGAUUCCCAGUUUGCAAGAGGUAUGACAGCUGUCAUGUCUAUGAUGCAGACGGCUUCCAAGUUCGUGACUUUCAGUUGUUUAACAGCUAUUGAAUGAGCAUUUGCCAUGUCCAGUAGUCAGAGCCCUGGGAAUAUACAGCGCACUAGGACAAAACAGAUUGACAUCCUUGCCUUCCCCGAACUUGUGUUUUACUAUUUCAAGUAAGAUUUGCAGUGACCGCGUUUCUAUUAGCUGGAGAGCCAGGGAUGCUUACUUAAUAGGUGUCAGGCAGUUCCAAAACAGUCAAGUAGCCAAGCUCUUGGCUUCCUGGUAUGUAUUGGUGCUUGUUCAGCUCCAUUAUUUCCUGUUUUCUUGAUUUUGAGUUUUAUAAAAAAUAUUUAGUCCAGAGCCUUUUCACUGAUAGAGCUAACAUCUUCUUUAAGAAAACCCCAGUAAAGGAGACCAACACCAGUCUUGGGAUUCACUCCAUGCAGUUGAGAGGAGGCACUGAUGGUUGAAGUGGCUGUUGGGGUUCAGCUCUGAGUACCCUCAGGCUGAGGAAGAGGGUUCUUGUUUCACAGCCCCAGCGCUGAUAUUUUCAAAGUUGUCCCAGUAUCGUAACGCUCAGCCAAGGUUGUGAACCCCUGCUUUCGUCAGCGUGGAGAGCUGGCUGCUGGUCAUAUGUGUUCUUUACAUGUCUUUUUUUUUUUUUUUUU